UGUGAAAUUUGUCAAAAGUCAUUUUCUCAUAGUGGAAGUUUGAAGUUUCAUUUAAGAAUGCAUUCUAACGAAAAGCCAUAUUCUUGUGCAAUUUGUAAGAAAUCAUAUUUUUGGAGUGACAGUCUCGGGAAUGACAGUCUCGGGAAGCAUUUGAGGACACAUACUGAAGAAAAACCAUACUCUUGUGAAAUUUGUAAGAAGUCACCAUACUCCUCUGAAAUUUGUAAAAAGUCAUAUUCUCAGAGUGGAAGUUUAAAAAUUCAUUUGAGGACACAUUCUAACGGAAAGCCAUAUUCUUGUGAAAUUUGUAAGAAGUCAUAUUCUGGAAGUGAAAGUCUAAGGACGCAUUUGAUUACACAUACUGAAGAAAAACCAUACUCUUGUUAAAUUUGUAAAAAGUCAUUUUCUCAGAGUGUAAGUUUGAAGAUUCAUUUAAGGAUACAUUCCAACGAAAAGCCAUAUUCUUGUGCAAUUUUGAACAUGCUUAUAAAUUGA